AUGCUUAGUGACUUAGGAUGUGGAAUUAGUGGUGCUUUAAAAGGUCUGUUUACUCAAAAAGGCAAUGAAGAGAAGGAUUUGAACUUAGCCGUUAAAAAGAUAACAACAUCUUUGUUAAGUUCUAAUGUAAGUACUAGAGUGGUUUUAGGCGUAAAGAAACGAAUUCUAGAGAGAUAUCAAGCAAUCGAUGUACCGGCUAGUGCUAAGAAAGAGAAGUUGCUGCAGAAGAUAGUCUUUGAAGAGUUGUGUCGUAUGGUAGAUCCGGGUAAGGAAGCUUUUAAGCCUAAAAAGAAGGAUGUUUCUGUGGUCUUAUUCGUAGGGCUACAAGGCAGUGGAAAGACAACUUCAUGCUGUAAGUAUGCGCGAUAUUAUCGUCAACGCGGGUUUAAGGUAGGUAUAGUUUGUGCUGAUACGUUUAGGGCAGGUGCAGCAGAACAGGUCGUGCAGAACGUAGGAACCAUGGAUGUGGCCGUUUAUACUUCUUCAGUAGUUGAUCCAGUAGCAGUUGCUCGUGCAGGUGUUGCUGAACUUCGAGAGAGUUGUAACUUGAUUUUAGUGGAUACCAGUGGCCGGCAUACUCAGGAAGGUGCACUUUUUGAUGAAAUGGUAGAGAUUGAGGCGGCAACUAAGCCAACCGCGACUAUUUUUGUUGUAGAUGCAUCGAUUGGACAAGCGGCCGAAGUACAUGCGAAGGCUUUUAUGGAGCGUAUUGGAUUGGGAGCCGUGAUUAUUACAAAAACAGAUGGAACCAAGAAUAUAGGAGGAGCUUUAAGUAGUGUAGCCGAGACACAAACUCCGGUAGCCUUUGUAGGUACAGGUGAAGGAAUGGGCCAGUUAGAACCGUUCAGUCCCCGUGGGUUUGUGAGUAAGCUAAUGGGUUUAGGAGAUAUUGCAGGUCUUGCUGAUAAGUUAGAAGGACUAGGUAUGACUGCUGAGCGGCAAGAGGAGUUAAUUGGGAAGAUCAAAGCAGGAGAGUUUUCAAUGGGUGACUUUUAUGAGCAAUUUAAGCGUAUAUUAGAGCUAGGGCCAAUUUCCCAACUAUUAUCACUAGUACCGGGUAUGAAUGCAGGUAUGUUGGACGAACGCACAUUCCGACGAAUGGGUACUGUCUUCUCAGGUAUGACUAAGAAAGAGUUACGGACUAAUGGCGAGGUCUUUUUACGAGGCAAUGCUCGGAUUAUGCGGGUGGCAGCCGGUAGUGGUGUAGCUCCUACUGAAAUAAGGGCAACGGUUAAUUCGUACCGAAUGAUGUCUCAGAUGUUACGGAAGCUAUCUUCUAAUCCAAUGUUUGCCGGGUUAUUUGGUGGAGCAGGUGGUGCCGGGGCAGGUGGACAGGUUGCUCCUCCCACACCGGAAACAGCGGCAGCUCAAAUGGCGCAACUAAAGAAGAUGAUGCCGCCUGGCUUCUCAUCACUCUUUGACCAGAUGGGGAAGUUUAUGUGA